AUGUCUUUCCCAGACGACGGCGUCGAAUUGGUUGAUGAAUUGAGUUAUUGGUGGUUGAUGCAGGACCCGGAAAGCUGGACUGCAAGCAAAGGCGUUCUUCGUCUGGGGAGGAUUCUAUCUCAUGUCGUCGGUUUUCGUUUGAUAUUUUGUGUACGAGACUGGGGUCUGAGACUGGAGCAGCUGUAUCAGAUUUAUGAUCGGAUGACGAAGGCUUGGGAGUCACAGAAGUUUGUUUCGACUGUUACGUUUGCUGAGAUUCGGCAUGUGGGUGGUGGUGAGAAGGAGAGGACUCACCGUCUGAGCGAGUAUGGGUUGAUAACAUUCUUUUCACAGAGUACAAUACCCAAAGAUUACAAGUGA